AGGGACCCUGAGCGCCAAGAAAUGGCUUCAGAUAUUCCUGGAUCAGUGACUUUGCCAGUUGCACCGAUGGCAACAGGACAGGUGAGAAUGGCAGGAUCCAUGCCUGCUAGAGGAGGAAAGAGGCGGUCUGGAAUGGACUUUGAUGAUGAAGAUGGGGAAGGUCCCAGCAAAUUUUCAAGGUAUGAUGAUGAUCAAAUCUCUGGUGAUAAGGAAAAAUUUGCAAGGGAGAACCAUAGUGAAAUUGAAAGGCGCAGGAGGAAUAAGAUGACACAGUAUAUCACGGAGCUGUCGGACAUGGUGCCCACCUGCAGUGCAUUGGCACGUAAACCUGACAAGUUGACAAUUCUGCGUAUGGCUGUUUCACACAUGAAGUCUAUGAGGGGCACUGGAAAUAAAUCUACUGACGGGGCAUAUAAGCCUUCUUUCCUAACAGAACAGGAACUGAAACAUCUUAUCCUGGAGGCUGCCGAUGGGUUCCUGUUUGUAGUUGCAGCGGAGACUGGGAGAGUCAUCUACGUAUCCGAUUCCGUCACUCCAGUGCUGAACCAGCCACAGUCAGAGUGGUUUGGCAGCACGCUCUAUGAGCAGGUUCAUCCAGAUGACGUGGAAAAGCUGAGAGAGCAGCUGUGUACAUCUGAAAACUCUAUGACAGGGCGAAUUUUGGACUUAAAAACCGGGACAGUAAAGAAGGAAGGUCAGCAGUCCUCAAUGAGAAUGUGCAUGGGAUCCAGACGCUCCUUCAUUUGCAGAAUGAGGUGUGGAAAUGCCCCUUUGGAUCAUUUACCUCUGAACAGAAUAACUACCAUGCGAAAAAGAUACAGGAAUGGCCUAGGCCCAGUAAAAGAAGGAGAAGCACAGUAUGCAGUAGUCCACUGCACUGGAUAUAUCAAGGCCUGGCCCCCAGCAGGAAUGACUAUACCAGAAGAAGAUGCAGAUGUGGGACAAGGUAGUAAAUAUUGCCUUGUGGCAAUAGGGAGGCUGCAGGUAACUAGCUCACCUGUGUGCAUGGACAUGAAUGGAAUGUCUGUUCCCACCGAGUUCUUGUCUAGACACAACUCUGAUGGAAUAAUCACAUUUGUUGAUCCAAGAUGUAUCUCUGUGAUUGGCUACCAACCGCAGGAUCUUCUGGGAAAAGACAUUUUAGAAUUCUGCCAUCCGGAAGAUCAAAGCCAUUUGAGAGAGAGUUUUCAACAGGUUGUUAAACUGAAAGGCCAGGUCCUAUCUGUGAUGUAUCGUUUUCGUACCAAAAACCGGGAAUGGAUGUUAAUUAGGACCAGCAGCUUCACCUUUCAGAACCCUUAUUCUGAUGAGAUUGAAUACAUCAUUUGCACCAACACUAAUGUUAAGCAACUUCAGCAACAGCAAGCUGAGCUUGAAGUACAUCAGAGAGAUGGGUUGUCAUCCUAUGACUUAUCUCAGGUACCUGUUCCAAAUAUACCAGCUAAUGUUCAUGAGGGUGGAAAGCCAGUGGAAAAACCAGACACUAUCUUCUCCCAGGAGAGAGAUCCUAGGUUUGCUGAGAUGUUUGCAGGAAUAACUGCUUCAGAUAAAAAAAUGAUGGCUUCAGCAUCUCCAGCAGGAAACCAACAGCUCUACUCUCAGGGGAGCCCCUUCCAGCCAGGACAUUCAGGAAAGGCUUUCAGAAAGAAUGCAACACUGACAAGAAACAGCUCAUCUGUGGUACACGUGCCUGGUGUAAAUGAUAUCCAGUCCUCUUCUUCAACAGGCCAAAAUUUGACACAGAUCUCUCGUCAGUUAAAUCAGGGUCAAGUUGCCUGGACGGGGAGUCGCCCACCAUUUCCAGGACAGCAAAUCCCAUCACAAUCUGGCAAGGCCCAAUCUUCACCCUUUGGAAUCGGAACCAGUCAUACCUAUCCAGCUGAUCCAUCAUCCUACAGCCCUCUCUCUAGCCCAGCCACGUCGUCCCCAAGUGGAAAUGCAUACUCGAACCUAGCAAACAGAGGUGCAGGGUUUGCUGAGAGUGGCCAAAGCAGUGGACAAUUCCAAGGGAGACCUUCGGAGGUGUGGUCCCAAUGGCAAAGCCAGCAUCAUAAUCAGCAAAGCAGUGACCAGCAUUCUCACCAGCAGCCCAGUCAGACUGAAGUCUUCCAAGACAUGCUGCCUAUGCCAGGGGAUCCAACACAGGGCACUGGCAAUUACAACAUUGAAGAUUUUGCUGAUCUGGGCAUGUUUCCACCAUUUUCUGAAUAAUUUACGAAGCAGAAAAGUGAAAUGAAGUUCAACAAAACCAUUUCAGUGUAUUUUUGGCUCUGCUUUUUUGUGUUGCUUUACCAUAGAAUCUACUAACAAGAAGUCAUGUUGCUCAUGCUUCAGAUAGUGAUACAGGAGUUUGCUCUCUCUUCUUCCAGUGUGUGAGUACUGAGGAAGAAGUUACACCACUUGGUGGUGGUCACUGACAGAACCAUUUUGUAUUUUCUUGCCACCACCCUCAGAGAUGAAGAACUUUACUUGAUUGUGAAAAAUCUGAGUCCUAAAUAUUUGAAUGUGAACAAUUCCUAAUGCUCCCUUUUAAAUGGUAAAUUUUAAAUAGAUAAUGAAGUAACAAAGACUAACAAAGAAAACAUGUAAGGAAACGUUCAGUUAUUGGUCUGUAGUUCUGUUUCAAAGCCUUGCUUUAAUGUUAAAUUUCUGAGAACAGACUUAGUAUUCUGAUUUCUUUGAUUCUUGAGAUUUUUUAGGUCAGUUUGAAUGUGAGAUUACACAACAUAAAGUAGUCCUCUCUGACCAGAAGAUUCAGCACCUUUUUCCCUCUCUUAACUCAAACUUGAAUAUGUGUACAUUUUAGUACUGUAUGUAUAUCUUGUGCUGUAUAAUGUGAUUUCCUGUAUUGGUAGGAGUUUUUUUUUUACAUGUAAAAAGGGUCCAUUUCAGACUGUAUACUGAAAGAGGUGACAAGAUAUUGCAGAACUUAGAUAUUGCAGGAUUCUGCAUCACUUUACUUAGAAAUAACACUAAUUGGUUGAUUUUGGUAAGUCUGAUUUAUGCCAUAUAUUUACUUACACAAGCUGUUACUGUUUUUAUUGAGUGAGGCCUAUAUUUCUAUAAUUUUCUCAUUACCUGGUUUUAUUUUAUUUUUUGCCUUCUACUAUUGCAUUCCCCCAACAGAUCCUUUUUAUAAAAAUUACUGCAUAGCAUAUCAAGAAUAUUGUUUCAGCACCAGUAGCAUUUCCUUUCUAUGAAUGCCUUUUUUAUAUCCUGUGCAACAUUACCUUUUAACAGUUAAGAGAUGCCCUGUUACAACAGAGUCAUCUAAGCUUAUUUACUGAGAGCAGUGAGCUAGUUUGUUUCAUGAGCCAAACAGGGUGAUUACAACUAAUUUGUGAUAGGAACCAAUCGGUCAAGCCACUGCCUGCCAAAAACAGAGUGGAGUUAACCUGAAUUUUCGCAUGCAUGCUAAACUGCUGAGUAUUCGCCUGCUUUUGUUUUAAACCCACCGUUUCAGGGUUUCACAUCACUGGGCAUUUGGGAGACUCAGGCCAUCCAUCAUGGUGCAAGCGUUUCCAUGGAUCUGAGUCUUGCUGCCUGGUCGAUCCGUCAGAAAUGUCUAGAAAUUCUGUUUACGUUCUCACAUGAUUGGUUGGAUUAGAGAGCAGAUGUAAAAUGAAUAUUUAUGGCCAGGUAAUCCCUGCUGUGGGAGGGAGAAUCACCCAUGGACAAGAAACUAAGCUUCUUUUAAAUCCUUUGAAGGUUGCAAUCCAGUCCCCUUGGAGAAGGGGAAGAGGAUUCAGCUGCCUAAAUUGGUAGAUGCUCUGGGAUCCUCACAGAUCUCUGGACAUCGACAGGAAACUAAGGCCAUCCACUCAGAGGCCCGGUGUCUCCACACAUUACUAGCCCACAUACUGCCUUUGCCUGGCUACUUGAAGCUACUUCUGAACUCGGAGGUGUCUUCCAGCAGGGAGGACAAUUGUCAUACAACAGUCCCUUUUGUCAGCAUUAACUUGCAUAGGUAAUCAUGGCGGUUCGUUGGGUGGAUGUUGCCAUGGACAAGAGUCCAUGUCGUCAUGUGGCGAGCUCUGAUCAUGUGGGUCUCAUCCAGAGAGACUUCCACAGUCUGUCAGGCCAAAGAUAGCAGGCCACUGAGACCCUGCUCCCAACCUCAGUCAUGUGACUGGGGCUUUCCCCACCCUGUCCUGCUUCCUUGCAUGUCACAUAGCUGAGUAAGUAGUCCUCUGAGGCUUUCCGACCAUUUGUCUCUUUAAUCUCUAGGGCCAGUCCCCUGCACUUUGUGCCAUUGGAGGGGUGUUUUAUGUAUGUGUUUUCAGUUGUGUUGUUUAAUAAAAACUGAAUCUAUU